AGAUCUGCAAAAAAAAAAUUUUUGGGUUUUUGAAAAAAUUUUUUUUUUGUUAGGUUGUAAAAAAAAAAAAACACCAACAAGAUCGUCGACUAUUAACCGAUGGGAAAACAUUAUUUACCUUUGUGGUUGGCCAGAGAUUGGAGGAGGAGAAGCUUGCAGCGUAGAGGAAGAAAAAAGGAAGAAAAAACAGAGGAAAAUCACAGAUGCAUUGUAGAAGGGGAGGGGACGAGUGCCGAAAGGUUGAAGGCUGUAAGGUUAUGGUUCUUCUCUAGGUUUCAUUUUCUUCUUGUCACUAUGGAAUAAAUAAAAAAAAGAGAGAGACAGAAGAGAGGAGUCCAAAAGAGGGGAUUUGAUUUUUCUUUGGUUUUCCUUGGUUUUGAAGCUUGAGGUAUUGCUGGAGGCGACAGUAAGAAAAAGAAAAUCACUGAACUUCCAGAGCUCACCGAAGGAGAUUAAACAUUUUCUGGAUAUUUGCCUUAGGUAUUUUCCUACAACAAAGGAGUCCUUUUGGGGAGGCAGUGAGGGGAAUGAUCUGGGCUUGAUCUCGUGGGUUGGAUUCCCUAGAUCGGACUCCGAUCUGUUACCCAAAAAGCUCCACCAUGCUUGUUUCUUUGUCUUCCUAUUUCUAUGAUCUGCUUUUAUGAUGUUUACGUUUGAAUGUAUUUACUGAAAAUCAAUGAAAAAUCAAAAAAAAAUGUCUAG